GUGUCGACGGAUAAGAGAAUGUGAGUUUCGUGAAAUAUUGUAAAUAUAUCCAGAAAAAUCUGAGUUAAAAUAUCCAUCAAAGAUGGGUAAAAUUAUGAAGCCGGGGAAAGUAGUGCUGGUCCUGAGCGGCCGGUACGCGGGCCGUAAAGCGAUUGUAGUAAAAAACUACGACGAGGGCACAUCAGACAAGCCAUACGGACAUGCUUUCGUCGCCGGCAUCGACAGGUAUCCACGUAAAGUCCACAAGAGGAUGGGUAAAAACAAAAUCCACAAGCGCUCCAAGAUAAAGCCUUUCGUUAAGCUGGUAAACUACAACCACCUGAUGCCCACUCGUUACUCGGUUGACUUCAGUUUCGAGAAGUUCAGCGUCAAGGAUCUGAGGGAUCCAGCCAAGCGCAAGAAGUUGAGGUUCAACACACGGGUCCGCUUUGAAGAGAGAUACAAGAGCGGGAAGAACAAGUGGUUCUUCCAAAAGCUUAGAUUCUAAGGUGUAAAUUUAAAAAUAAACAUUACUUCUGUAA